AUGGUUAUUUGGUCUUUUAAGAUGGAACAUAAAACCAAAAGAGUUAGAUUUAAGGAAUAUCGAUGUAUUUAUCCAGGAUGUAAUGAAGGAUUAAAAACUAAAUAUAAUUGUUUAUCACAUAUUUGGGAUAUGCAUAUUCGUACAUUAAAUAAUACACAAGAACCAUUUAAAUCAAUUAAAGACAAAAAAACAGCAACAAAAUGUUGUUUACCUUAUUUAAAAUUUGAAGAAAAUGCAAUAACAAAUAGAAAAAGAAGACCAUAUGAUUAUAGUGAUUUAUUAGGACAAGAACGUAAAAUAAUAGAAGAAGAGGAAGAAGAAAAUGAAAUUGAUUUAUCAAAUAAUGAUAUUAAUAUUAUUCAAUCUAAUUCACCACCUCAAAUAAAUAUUUCAUCACCACAUCAAAAUAAUCCAAUGAUAAAUGCUAUUGGAAUGUAUCAAUCUACUUUUUUAACUGAUGGUAUUUCUACACAAAUUCCAAAUCAAAUUCAAGAUCAAUAUACUCAAGAUGAUAAAGUAUCAGGAAAUAGAAUUAUUAUUAAUCCAAUUACUUAUGAACUUAUUAAUUCAUGUGGAGAAGAUUUUAUUAGAAUAUAUUAUAUUAAUCAAAAUAUUAGAAGAUUACAUGUAUUUGGAGAAAUAUUUGCAGAAAAUGGAUUUUUACAACGAUCUGAUCAAAGAUAUAAAAAAGAUAUUAAAAAGAUUUCAAAUGCAUUAGAAAAAAUAAUGUUAUUAACAGGAAGAAGUUAUAAAUAUUUAAAUGAUAAACAAAAAAGAUUUGGAUUCAUUGCACAAGAAUUAAAAGAAAUUAUUCCUGAAGCAGUUAAAGAAGAUGAAGAUGGAACAUUAUCUAUUGAACCAUUAGCUUUACUUCCUUUUAUUAUUGAAUCUCUUAAAGAAUUAAAUGUACAAUUAAAAGAUGUACAACAUAAAACAUUAUCUAUUAGAAGAUUUACUGAAGUUACAGAAACUGUAUUAAAAGAAAUAGAAAAAACAACAACAAUAACAAAUAAAAUAUCAUUAGGACCACCAAUUUAUGUUGCAGGAUGUGGAUUAUUAUUUGGUACAUUAGCAAUAAUUAUAGCAUUAAAUGGGAAUUUCCCAUUUAUUUGGGGAUUUUUUAUGUUAUGUAGUUUAUCAUAUUGGAUAUCAUUUCAAAUGGUACCAAAUGGACAAUGGGAUAAUAAUGCUAUAUUAGCACAUUUUAUAUUACUUAAUAUUGGACUUGCAUGUGUUGCAGUUACAUUUUUAAUAGGAUCAUUAUUACAAGUUUUUCUUUGUGUUUAUUCAGCUAUAAUGGUUAUUCUUUGGGGAGCAAGGAAAUGGCUUGAUGUUUCGUUUAGUUCAUUUUUUAUAGUAUCAUUUAUUUUAUGUUGUAUUGCAUGUUUUGGAGUAUUUAUUUUUCAACCAACAUUUAGUUGUGAUGUUUCUACUCCAAUGAUGAGAAGUGUUGAAUAUCCACAAAAUUUAGAAUAUAAAGAUUGGAGUGAAGUAAAAUUUAAUUUAACAUCUGAAAUACCAUGGAAUUGUUUUGAUCCAAGAUUUGUUGUUAAUGGUAAAACUAUUAAAUUUCAAAGUGGUGAUUCAGUACUUUCAGCUAUUGCAAAAGAAGGAACUGUAACUCCAGAUACAGUAGAUGUUAAAUUAGUAUGUUCAUCUAUAGAAUAUAAAUGUAAUGAAUAUUCAUUACAAAAUAAAAGAUAA